CCCUUUGGAGGCAGAAGCAGGCGGAUGUCAGUGAAUUCGGGGCCGGCCUGGUCUACAAAGCAAGUUCUAGGACAGCCAGGGCUACACAGAGAAACCCUGUCUUGGGGGGGAAAAAGUCAUCCUCCCAUGACUGUUAAUCCUCUGUUAAGGAAUUGAAACAAAGCCCACACAGAUCUGCAAAAGUACUAUGAAAACUUCAUUUAAUACAAGCAAUAAAAAAUACCAGAACACACUGAAGGCAACAGCAGGCUAUCCUCGGUGAAUAUUUGGAUGAAGCCAUUAAAUUAAUUGCUUGCCAUCAUGAGCAGAAGCAAGCGUGACAACAAUUUUUAUAGUGUAGAGAUUGGAGAUUCUACAUUCACAGUCCUAAAGCGAUACCAGAAUUUAAAACCUAUAGGCUCAGGAGCUCAAGGAAUAGUGUGUGCAGCUUAUGAUGCCAUUCUUGAAAGAAAUGUUGCAAUCAAGAAACUCAGCCGGCCAUUUCAGAAUCAGACUCAUGCUAAGCGAGCCUACCGAGAACUAGUUCUUAUGAAAUGUGUUAAUCACAAAAAUAUAAUUGGCCUUUUGAAUGUUUUCACACCACAGAAAUCCCUAGAAGAAUUUCAAGAUGUUUACAUAGUCAUGGAGCUCAUGGAUGCAAAUCUUUGCCAAGUGAUUCAGAUGGAGUUAGAUCAUGAAAGAAUGUCCUACCUUCUCUAUCAAAUGCUGUGUGGAAUCAAGCACCUUCACUCUGCUGGAAUUAUUCACCGGGACUUAAAGCCUAGUAAUAUAGUAGUCAAAUCAGACUGUACUUUGAAGAUUCUUGAUUUUGGACUGGCGAGGACUGCAGGAACAAGUUUUAUGAUGACGCCUUAUGUCGUGACUCGCUACUACAGAGCGCCAGAGGUCAUCCUCGGCAUGGGCUACAAGGAGAACGUGGAUUUAUGGUCUGUGGGGUGCAUUAUGGGAGAAAUGGUUUGCCACAAAAUCCUCUUUCCAGGAAGGGACUAUAUUGAUCAGUGGAAUAAAGUUAUUGAACAGCUUGGAACACCCUGUCCUGAAUUCAUGAAGAAACUACAACCAACAGUAAGGACUUAUGUUGAAAACCGACCUAAAUAUGCUGGAUAUAGCUUUGAGAAACUGUUCCCUGAUGUGCUUUUUCCAGCUGACUCAGAGCAUAACAAGCUUAAAGCCAGCCAGGCAAGGGAUUUGUUAUCGAAAAUGCUAGUAAUAGAUGCAUCCAAAAGGAUCUCAGUAGAUGAAGCUCUCCAGCACCCAUACAUCAACGUCUGGUAUGACCCUUCGGAAGCAGAGGCUCCACCACCAAAGAUCCCUGACAAGCAGUUAGAUGAAAGGGAGCACACAAUAGAAGAGUGGAAAGAAUUAAUAUACAAGGAGGUGAUGGACCUGGAGGAACGAACUAAGAAUGGAGUCAUAAGAGGGCAGCCAUCUCCUUUAGCACAGGUGCAGCAGUGAUCAACGGCUCUCAGCACCCAUCGUCUUCACCGUCUGUCAAUGAUGUGUCUUCAAUGUCCACAGAUCCGACUUUGGCCUCGGAUACAGACAGCAGUCUAGAAGCAUCUGCUGGACCUUUAGGCUGCUGUAGAUGACUACUUGGGCCUUGGGGGGGUGGGAGGGAUGGGCAAUCGGUUAGUCAUGGAUAGAACUGCUUUUAAAACAAUUCAGUGGUCAUAUUUUUGAGUGAUUUUUCAGAAAAUGUAGAAUUCAUUUUGUAGUAAAGUAGUUUAUUUUUUUUAAUUUCAAGUGUUGUAAUUUAAAACCUAAGUUGUGUUUUUAAACAGCAACAAAACUGUAUUGUAUUUUUGCUGUAAUUAACUGUAUAAUGUAAACCUAAUUAUUUUAUCAUGGUUUAAAUUUUUUGCAUAUUUGCUUUAUCUUAUGCUGCUGAUUUUUUUUACUGAAUUUGUAAGAUUUUUGUUUAUCAAAGCAACUAUUAUGUGGUGACUUGCAUAUAUCAUGAAUUAUUUAAGAUGUUUAUAAGUUUUUUAUUAGAAUUUAUUUCAGAUGUUUGUUCAUGAUGCUAUCCUUAAGGGUUAUGUGCUUAUCAAUGAAAUAACCCCAGAGGAGUAAGGGAAAAUAACCUGUAGCCAGUUAUAUUCAGGAAUAACUACUGUAAAUGAUGAACGUGUCAAGAAACCUCCAAUAUUUGUUACUUGCCAAUCCCAAUUUAGUUACAACAAUUAGUAGGCAACCUUACUUAAAUUUUGGCAAACACCCUGCUCUCUAAAUGGCAGGAUAACUCGGAGCAUGUCUUUAAAGAAGCUGAGCAUAUCCUACUCCCAUUUGGAGCUCCCCACCCUAACCCAACAAAAGCUCAAAUCAAGAAUUGUGGUCUGUUCUGAGUUUUGUAGCAUGCUCAAAGCUUUCGAUCGAUUGUAUACAGUCAAGAGGAUACUUCAUGAAUAUACAUUUCAAUGCAAAUCAACAGCUGUUUCCCUUGUACUAUCUAUGAGCCUGCUUCUGUAUACACUGAGUUAAUCUCAGGCUAUAGGUCCUGGCAUUGGCCAAGAGUCUGGACUUCUCUUUUGUACAGCUUCUGGCCUCUGGACCUUUCCCAGUUCCUGUUCUUUGGAGGGUCAGUCUGUUGAGCACCAGUUUGUGGUGUUUCUGGCCAUUUGAUUCUACCUGUAGCAUAAGUCUAUUUUUACUAGCUGUCAGGAGGUUCCAAAGCCUACUUAAAUUUGUGUAGGUGAUGUUUAAAUGAGCAAUAUACCGUUCAUCUGAAAAUAGUAGCACACAGCCAUAUGUAGGAUGUCAUUUUCUAAGGACUGUUUCUUCACAGUGAGCAGAGCAGGCAUAGUGGUGGUUCUUCAGUCUUUGAUUUUUUUAUAUCUGGUUUCCAAUAGAAUACGCAGUGUGGACGUUGAGUAGUGUAAGAAUGGUGCUGCUCCUGACAAGUGUGUGUUAACUGUUUACAUUUUCUAUCUACAGAAUCCUUUCUCUGUAACUGAAUUUUCCUAAGUAAAAUGUCAUCAAGGUCUCAUUAUUUCUGAAAUGAUGUCUGUAAUGCCCAGGCACCUUUGGUAUUGUCUGAAACAAGAGGGAUUUCAUGGAUUGAACUGGGAAAUACAUACUUCAUGAGCUGCAAGGUUGUAGGGAGAAGCCAUUUGGAGCUCACAACCAGCAGGACUAAGAACAGGCACAGCUCAGCAAAUUUCUGAAAGUUUGCUUAGCUUUUUGCUUUUUUUUUUUUUGUAUAUUUAGUGUAGAAUUACUUUUAAGUAAGGUAUUUUUGGUCAUUGUUAAUGUGCAAUACUUAAGAUUAAAAUACAUUAGCUUUUUUAUACUUUGAGAUAUAGCAAAGUUAGUUUAUUAUGAUUUCUAGCUUCCCACCUUUUAGUGAUUCCUUUUCUCUACAUUUAACAUGGUGCAUUAAUUUUUAUUAGGCAAGUAUGAAUUUGAGACUCUUAUGCCUCUUGGUCUGUAGAAAUACAAGAUUGGAGUCAGGAUUUUAGCAGAAAUUGGAGCAUGAGUGUGUUCUUACUUUAUAUUAAUUCUACAGCUAACUGGUUUGUUUUCCCAGGAUAAAAUGUGUCACUAUUGCACUUUAGCAGCUGACAUGCUUCGUUAGUUUUCUGUAUUUUAUGUUUGAUUGCUGAGAAGCCAUCUUUCUUGAUGCAGAUUUUGGUUAAGUGAGAAGUAACAGUUGUUCUGAUUGUACAUUUGUUGUAAUUGCCAGCUCCCACUUGCCAGCCAUCGUGUUUCAGUUUCAAUGCUUAAUGUAAACUAAAAUACUUAACAAAAUUAUACCCUAAAAGUAAGUUGUUUGUUAAAUGUGUGUGCCCUAGCUUUUUAAGAUUCAUUGUUUACACAACUCCCCCUCUUGCUUAAACCUGUUCACAUAAAUAUUGGUACUUUUAGGAUCUUAAAGCAUUUUAAGUAUUUUUUUAAGAAUUUACAAAUAACCUUUCUGUCUAGCAGUACUUGUGAAUUCAGCCAUCCUAUAAUUUGACUUUUCAGUUAUAUAUGCUUAAGCUACCUGUUGUUUUACUGUCCAAAAGUUGUUUAACUGAGAAUUAGGUUAGGAAAGAGACACGGAUUCUUCCUACAUGUCUUCCUGGUUACAGUUCUCUUACCCCUACUAUACUGACCUUCUCUAAGAUGACCAUGUUGUUGGGAUUGCUUGUUAUAAAUAGAGCAUCUCAACUCUUUCAUGCUAUUUGCUAAGUGAUUUUUACUGUGUCAUGCCAUGCUGCUGAGUGCACACCAGGAACAAAGCCCAGUGCAUUCAUAUCCCACUUGUAAGAGAAGCCGUAGUCCCUACCUGUUCAAAGCAGCAACUUUCCUGUAAGUGUGGAACUCUUCUGGGCUCAUCUCACUCUGUUGACCUCAAGACAUGGAGGCAGAGAGGCCUACUGACAAAAUGAGCAGCAGGCAAGUGAAGCUGUUUCCUGAGUUAGAAAUAGAACUUGGUUUACACUAUUGGCCAGUUUCUGCCACACACAUGAAGACAACCGUCAGUGUUGCCUAGGCACUAGCCUGCACAGCAUUUUGAGAUAAAAGCAUAGUAUAUUUUCAGAGCUAUUGUAGUUUGUGAGUGUUGCCCAUUAGUCACACAUUAGCUGUAGGGUGGAUGCAUGAUGCCCCAGGACCCCACUAAUUGUUCCCAGUGAGUAGCGGACCCAGCACCGUCUCAUCCGUAGCCCUCUUCAGCAUUGCUCCCUGGCCUGUUAGAUUUUAGUGUGCAUUGUGUUUCUACUGAUCUCUUAGGCUUUUCCUGGACCACAGGAAGCAAAUUUGUCUUCAUAGCACGACAGAUGGAUGAAAUAAAGGGCAUUGAAGCAGAAAUGUGUAGUUGGGGUAAGAUAGGAAAAUUUGUGCCCUAAUUAAUUUCAAAGUAACUGCUCUUAGUCAAAGUGCUCUUAAGGGGAGUCUAGUAAGAGUAACCUUCUGGGCAUUUCUGGGUUAGAUUCUCGUUACAAAACUUCUGAGAAAUAGUACCUGUGGAUUAGUUUUGCACAAUGUCCUAUUCUCACAAUGACUUAAAAUUAAACUAGGUUUUUAUUGAACUACCUCACACUGAUUUCUAUGCUUUCCCAAGUAAGCUGUUGCCCUUAAUGUUAGAUCCUUCACUGAGUGUGAAUUAUAAAUGUGUGUCGCAUACUUUAUGAUCACUGUUGACAAAAUACAGUAAGUAUGUGAAGUGCAUGCCUUGCAUCAGUAAGAGACAGUCCUGUGUAGUAGUCUUCCACUGUGUCUGGGGAAUCGUGCUAGCUGUGCUUAUUGACAUUAUCACUGUUUUUGUAAGGAACCUGCUCAAGAUAUCAGUCCAUGCUUUACAUUUUACAAAAGGAGUAAAUCUUAGUAAAUUUUACGAAGAAAUAAAUUACUUUUGUAGGCCCAAUAUUUGGUAUAUUUUUGAGAAGCUGUUAAUCUUAUAGCUGAACGAUAAAGUUAAACUGAAGUAGCUGUCUGCCCGGACUGUGACAUCUAUUUUCUCAUUGCAGUUUAUCCUGUUAAUAAGGUUUUAAACCUGCGAACCUAAGGGUGAUAAUUAGAAUUUCUUUCUCUCUCUCUCCCUGUCCAUGUCAUUACUUCUUCGUCCUUCUCCUUUUCCGUGUUUGUUUUCUUCUCCCUCUCCUCUCUAGACAAAACAAAAUGGGGCACUUUGUAGGGAAUGCUGAGAUCAUUAUUGUGGUUUACGUGUUCAUGCCCUAGUCAUUAUACAUGCACCACUGGAUGUAAACAGUGUUAUCUAGUAUGUCAAUUGGUUAUAAUAUUUUAAAUAAAAAAAAGUGGUAUGGAA